UGAAUCACUCUGCUAGUCUUGUUCAGUCUAAGCGGCUUGUGACGUAAUCCUGAAUUUCGUGGAAUUUCAACUUGCYUUGGRUCWCUGUUGYCUCACUAUUGGCUGAGUMGGAGGGGGAAUCCCCAMAAUGUAGAUGUGUAUAUAUUUGCUCGUUACAAGCGUUACAGCCAUGAAUCAUGCAAGRGCACCAUGUCCUUGCUAGGUAGUUCAGAGUAUUCAAACCUGGUUAUAUGCUAAGGCGUUCUUGCCAUUGUUAAGUAAUGAUGAGUCAAGAAAGCUUUCAUACUCCAAAAGAGAUUUCUACGGAGCGGAGUUACGACGAACUCUCUGACAAUCUCGACCGAGAGAGGAUAUCUAUCGAUGACGUGGAGUACGAAAACACGACGACGUCUCACAGAAAAGACCCGCGUAUCAAAGCAAAUUGUUUGCCAGUCGCCUUGCUAUUGUUCCUCUUCAUUGUCCUCAAUAUCGAGGUCCGUCCAUCGGCUGGUGUUAAGUGUUUGGAUCCUUAUGACAUACAGRUAAAAAAUCGAAAAACUGGAAAUAUCAAGAGAUGUAUAGUUUGUCCAGAAUGUCCAGAAUCACAGCAAUAUUCUAUUCCUUGUGGAAGUACAGUGGAUUUAGGAACUGUUGGAAACUGUGUUGACUGUCCAGAAGGAACAUUUUCGAGCAACUUUGACAAAAAGCCAUGUCAGGUUUGUACAACUUGUACAAACAAAGUAUAUAAASAGAAUUGUACAAAGUAUCAGAAUGCUGAAUGUGGAGAUUGUUUACCAGGUUAUAGAUAUGACCCAAUUACGUUUGCAUGUAAUUUAAUCAAAAAGAGGACAGUACCUUCAYCAAACACCAAGGCAUUCUCAACAAAAUCACUAUCAGAAGCACUAUCAGAAGCAACAACAACAGCAAAGAUUUCACCACCUUCCYUGCCUCAGAUACCUGAAAUAUUCACKAGUGAAUAUUCUCCUGAAUAUUCUGACUUGCAMCCUACUCAAAGUAAAAAACAAACGUCUUUAAUUCUUGAAGUCGAAAAAGAUCUACAACCAUCCAGUACUUUGAAAAGUGAUAGUAAAAGAUCAGGCUCAUCCACCAACCCAUUGAUGAUUGCACUGGUUGCAAUUGUAAGUGUAAUUUUGAUUGUUGGUGUAGCUAGUGUAGCUGGCUACUAUAUAAGUAAGAAAAAUACUGCAAAUAGUUCAAGAAGAACUGAUAUAGAAGCAGCUACAUUCACAAGACAACUUCUUGAGACGACCAAUAAUGGGAAGUCCAUUUUGCUGUCACAGUAUAUGAAUGACAGCGAGGCCAUUUCUCACGAGAAGUAUGGAACAAUCUGCAAUCAGAUAAACGCAAAAGCCAUGAAAAACUUCAAAGCUCUUGUAUGUGGCUUAGGCAUCAAACCUGACACAUUYUAUGAGUUCUACAGUCAGACACAAGGUAAAGGGGACUUUGGCAAAGUACUUGAGGCUCUAGUGUCUUCAGAACCCCAGAUGACUCUUGAAAACAUUGCGCAUGAAUGUGAAAGGCAAAGUUUCAAGGAUACAGCCAACCUUUUUAGAGAGGAAGACAAGCGUAUUCAGACAAAAGAGGGUAGGAAAGAGACAUAGAAAAAAUCCUUUGGAACGGCGAUAGAACGACCAACAAUGCAAUGCGCUCUUGGAGCACACGACGCUUUUCCGUCAGAGUCAAAGUCAGUUUUGUUUUCUGCUUUUAGAGCAUUAAUGACAAAAAAGAAGAAGGCUCAGCAAACAACUUAGUUUAGAAACAAUAUUUAAACCUUUUUAAAAAUAAAAAUGUGUGAAAACGUGUGGUUAUGCGAAAAAAGGACGAUUUUCCACAGGCAACCCAAGCUAAGCAUUUUGACUAGCUGAUUUAGCGAUAUCUAUAAUGCAUGUAAAUAUGAACUUUUUGAAAGAAAAAAUUAGUAAAAAACUCUUGUCUUACCUUU